UGAAACCGGAUUAUAGAGGAAGAAUUUUGGCAAACUUCCAUUAAUUCUGUUGUCGCAUUCGAGGUGCAAGUUUGUAGCGGCGGCCGACGCCGGUCUUUUGUGUAAUUAGUAUAGUUGUCACAAAACUGAGUAUUGUGAAUUAAAAAUGAAGAACUAUUUGUUGCUCGGAGUGGGCGUCCUGCUUCUUUCAGGAUGGUGCCGCGCACAGGAGGGCGUGCCCAGCGUGGAGGAGGUGACGGUGGACGCGGACCUGGGAGCGUCGCGCGAGGGUUCACGCACUGACGCGGAGGCGGUGCUGCGCGAGGAGGAGGCGAUCUCCCCUGAUGGGCUGAGCGUGGCGCAGCAGCGAGAGCUGCGCGACAAGGCGCAGAACUUUACCUUCCAGACGGAGGUCAACCGUAUGAUGAAGCUCAUCAUCAACUCGCUGUACCGGAACAAGGAGAUUUUCCUGCGUGAACUGAUCUCCAACGGCUCGGACGCGCUGGACAAGAUCCGGCUGCUGUCUCUAACUGACACAGACGUGUUGGCCGCCAACCCUGACCUCAGCAUCCGCAUCAAGGCUGACCCUGAGCGCCGCCUGCUGCACAUCAUCGAUACGGGAGUGGGCAUGACGCGCGCUGACCUGGUCAACAACCUGGGCACCAUCGCCAAGUCUGGCACCGCCGACUUCUUAUCCAAGAUGCAGGACUCGGGCGCGGCGGCUGGUGGCGCGCAGGAGAUGAACGAUAUGAUCGGACAGUUCGGUGUCGGCUUCUACUCGUCCUUCCUCGUAGCCGACCGCGUCACUGUGGUCAGCAAGCAUAAUGACGACAAGCAGCACGUGUGGGACUCGGAUGCUACAUCCUUCAGCGUUGCGGAAGAUCCACGCGGUGAUACCUUGGGCCGCGGCACGCAUAUAACACUGCAUCUCAAAGAAGAGGCGGCUGAUUAUCUGCAGCCUGACACUAUUCGCGCGCUCGUCAAGAAGUACUCUCAGUUCAUCAACUUCCCCAUCCACUUGUGGGCCUCGCGCACUGAGACAGUAGAAGAACCGGCGGAAGAAGAAAAAGACACGGAUGAGGACGCAGACGAGGACGCCAAGGUGGAGGACGCGGCGGCCGACGAGCCUGCGGAACCCAAGCGCACGGAGCGGACGGUGUGGGAGUGGCAGAUCAUGAACGACAACAAGCCGCUGUGGACGCGCAAGCCGGCCGACGUGAGCGACGACGAGUACGCGCAGUUCUACAAGAGCCUGACAAAGGAUACGGCUGCACCGCUCGCACGCGCGCACUUUGUGGCCGAGGGCGAGGUGACAUUCCGCGCUCUGCUGUUCGUGCCGCGCGCUCAGCCCGCCGAAUCCUUCAACCGGUACGGCACCAAGACUGACCACAUCAAGUUGUACGUGCGCCGCGUGUUCAUCACGGACGAGUUCAACGAGCUCAUGCCCAACUACUUAGCCUUCAUUCAGGGCAUCGUGGAUUCUGACGACUUGCCGUUAAACGUGAGCCGAGAGACGCUGCAGCAGCAUAAGCUCAUCAAAAUCAUCAAGAAGAAGUUGGUGCGGAAGGCGCUCGAUAUGUUGAAGAAGAUUCCCGACGACGAGUACGACCACUUCUGGAAGGAGUACUCGACCAACGUGAAGCUUGGUGUCAUUGAGGACCCGUCCAACCGCUCGCGCUUGGCCAAGCUGCUGCGCUUCCAGUCGUCGCGCGGCUCCGAGCUCACGUUCUUGGCCGACUACGUGACGCGCAUGAAACCCAAGCAGAGCCACAUCUACUACAUCGCGGGCGCCAGCCGCGCUGAGGUGGAGAAGUCGCCGUUCGCUGAGCGCCUCGUGCAGGCGGGCUACGAAGUGCUGUACCUGACGGAGCCCGUGGACGAGUACUGCCUGUCCUCGCUGCCCGAGUACGACGGAAAGAAGUUCCAGAACAUCGCCAAGGAGAUCUUCGACCUGGACCAGAGUGAGGCAGAGAAGGCACGUUUGGAAGCAGCACGCGUCGAGUUCGAGCCGCUGACGUCAUGGCUCGGCACGCAGCUUAACGAGUGGGUGACGCGCGCGACCGUAUCGCGGCGUCUUGCACGCUCGCCCGCCGCACUCGCCGCCACGCCCUUCGGCUGGACCGGCAACAUGGAGCGCUUGGCACUGUCCAACGCCCACCAGAAGGCAGACGACGCCCAACGCCGCCACCAGCUAGCACAGAAGAAGCUGUUAGAAAUCAACCCUCGCCACCCUGUAGUGCGUGAGUUACUGCGUCGCGUGCGUGAGGACCCCGACGACCCGUUGGCGCGCGAUGCUGCGCGGACGCUUUACCGUACCGCGGCGCUGCGUUCUGGCUUCUUGCUACAAGAGGGACAAGCUACGGACUUCGCGCAAAGUGUGGAGGGCAUGCUGCAACGUGCGCUGGGUCUGUCUCCCGAUGCUGUGCCCGAGGUGGAAGACGAGGUCGAAGAAGUCGAGACGGAGGCGGAGGCGGACGCUCCCGAGGUGGACGCUGAUGCCCACGAGGAGUUGUAGGCGCGCCGCGGGCGCCUGCGAGCGAACGCUCGCGAUAUGAGACUGCGUGUUUUAUAAGUUCGGUUCGAUGUUCGCGCCGGUGACGUUUUUAGUGUAAAUAAACUUUAAUAUUUAUUUA